AUGGCGGCGGACACGGAGGUGGCGGCCAUCAUGGAGGUGGUGGGCACCACGGGGGAGGUGGCGGCCAUCACUGGGGAGGUGGCGGCGGUGGCCAUCAUUGGGGUGGAGGAGGAGGUGGGCACCAUUGGGGCCAUCACGGCGGAUGGGGAGGCGGAGGUUGGCACCAUCAUCCGCAUCACUGGGGUGGAGGUGGCGGAGGAUGGGGAGGAGGCAGCUACUACCGUAAGACGGCCCUACUACGGAGGUGGUGGGCUCGGAGGUUUGGGACUUCUAGGGCUAUAUGGUGGCUAUCGUCCCUAUGGUUAUGGUUAUGGAUACGGAUACCGUCCAUAUUAUGGAUACGGCGGCUACGGCUAUCAAAACAACUACUACAAUUAUAACAACUAUUAUAACUACGGAACUUGCACUCCCGUUAGCAUCAACGGUGGGUGGUACCAGUGCUACUGUGUCAAUGGCAAUAGCGUCCAAUACGUCAAUCAAUACGGCGGCUGCCCGGGUGUUGUACAGAAUUAUAAUUAUGGAAAA